AUGAAUAUUACCAUCAAAUUCCUGUUGACUGCUUACGUUGCGACUGUAGCGCCACUGACCGCCGUGGAGCCACAUUUCUCAGCCACUCACAUUCUGCGCAUCUCUAGUCUCAACACGAAACGCCCAUGUUUCCCAUGUCCUCUACUCGUCCCCUCUCUAGCCCUAGGACAGCCCGCAGUUUCUAACCGCUCCCGCUGGUCCCAGGACACGUCUGUUCCUAAGACGGCCCUGGUCGUAGGACAGCCCACGGUUUCUAACCGCCCCUGCUGGUCCCAGGACACGUCUGAUCCUAAGACGGCCCUGGUCGUAGGACAGCCCACGGUUUCUAACCGCCCCUGCUGGUCCCAGGACACGUCUGAUCCUAAGACGGCCCUGGUCGUAGGACAGCCCACGGUUUCUAACCGCCCCUGCUGGUCCCAGGACACGUCUGAUCCUAAGACGGCCCUGAUCGUAGGACAGCCCACGGUUUUCUAA